AUGCGACGAUCAUACGGGAUAGCCAUUCUGCUUGUUGUUGCGCUCGCUUUGCUUGGCAGCGUUGUCGCAGAGGUGGUACCUAAAGUUACCGAGUCGCACGUUGGCUCUCUGAGCACCCAGGAGAUCGAGGAGCAAUUGCAGCAAUGUCCAAUACUCGAAUCUCUUGCCGCUCACAAUGCCGCAACAAAGCCUGUCGGUUCCUCUCCGCUACAGCAAGCCUUCCGUCUGCUCUUUCCCUUCACUAGCCCGGCGCUGAACUCAAUGAUGGGCACCCUAUACAUCUCCGGUCCUCCCAACUUCCUCUUAGCGUUAUGCCCAACCAACAUCGAUCCCAGCAGUCUGAAUGUCAUGGUAGCCUUCGCAGUUGGUGGACUGCUCGGCGACACUCUGUUCCACCUCUUACCAGAGAUCUUCCUUGGCGAGGUGCCUCAAGGAGAGGUGAGAGCUGUGCUGGUGGAGCCCAACAAGAACUUACUGCUUGGCGUUGCGAUCAUGGUAGGCUUCGUCACGUUUGUGGCGAUGGACAAGGGCUUACGGAUCGCUACGGGUGGUGAAGGUCACGGUCAUGAUCAUGGACACGGACAUAGCAAUGGCAGUAUCUCGACCGAGAAGCCUACUGCGUCUGGCCGUACUUUGCAGAACGAGCAAAGCGACGCCACUCUGCGACAGCGAAAGCCGGAUACGAAGGAUUCCAGCAAGGCCACUGCUGUUCAGCAGGCUAAGGACAAGCCUUCGGUUAAGCUCUCGGCCUAUCUGAAUAUCGUUGCAGACUUCACGCACAACAUUACGGACGGUCUGGCACUCUCAUCAUCGUUCUACGCUUCACCCACGAUUGGCGCUACCACGACGCUUGCCGUGUUCUGCCAUGAGAUUCCGCACGAAGUCGGAGACUUUGCGCUUCUCAUUCAGGGCGGCAUGAGCAAGAAGGUUGCCAUGGGUCUGCAGUUCGUCACUGCUCUGGGCGCUGUCCUGGGUACCAUCAUUGGUAUCACCGUGCAGGAACUUGGCGGUAACAGCGCUUCAGCUGAGGCGGCGAAAGGCGUGGGCAAUGUAGGCUUGCUUGGUACGAGUCUAUCAUGGGGCGACCUGCUCCUACCUUUCACGGCAGGGACGUUCCUGUAUGUGGGAACAGUUGGCGUAAUACCGGAGAUAUUAGAAACUGGACCGGACCGGUGGAAAGAGCUAAGAAGCACCGGUUUGCAAUUUCUAGCUAUGGCUGCUGGUGCUUCGAUCAUGAUUGGGUGA